AUGCGCAUCGUCGUGCCGCUGCAGGGGGUGGUGCAGGGCCGGGGCGGCCUGGUGCUCGGCUCCCUCAUCCCCUGCGCGCUCUUCUACUUCUUCCAGCUCUACAUCAAGCGCAACCGCCCCGCCCCCGCGCCGGCCUCCAGCGCCCCCCCGAUCCACCGCUGCCACUCGCGGGGCCUCCUCACGCCGUCGCUCUCCGCGCGCGGCGCCGUCGUGCGGGCCGGCGACGAGGACUCCCUCUACUACGCCGGCCUCCGCCGGUGCGCCGAUGACCCGUACCACCCCGCGUCCAACCCCGGCGGCGUCAUCAACCUCGGCCUCGCCGAAAACCACCUAUCGCUGGAUUUGGUGGGACGGUGGAUGGAGGAGCACGCGGGGGCGGCGAUGCUGGACGGCCUCGCGGGAGCCGGGGAGGAGGUCAGGGACCUCACCAUCAGGGGGCUCGCAACCUACCAGCCCCAUGACGGGAUACUUGCCUUGAAGAUGGCUCUUGCUGGAUUCAUGAGGCAAAUCAUGCAUGGAUCAGUAUCCUUUGAUCCAUCUCAAAUGGUGAUUACAUCUGGGGCAACUCCUGCAGUGGAAAUACUGAGUUUCUGUAUUGCUGAUCCAGGAAAUGCAUUUCUUGUGCCAUCACCUUACUACCCGGGUUGGGAUAGGGACAUAAAAUGGCGAACUGGCAUUGAGUUGAUACCUGUUCCUUGUCGUAGCACUGAUAACUUUAACAUCAGUAUCACUGCUCUUGAAAUAGCUUACAAACAGGCAAAAAAGCGAGGAGUAAGAGUUCGUGGGGUUCUCAUAUCUAACCCUUCCAACCCAACAGGAGGCAUUGUGCCAAGGGAAACACUGCAUGACCUUCUAGUGUUUGCUGCAGAGAAGAACAUACACUUAAUUUCUGAUGAAAUAUUUGCUGGUUCAACAUAUGGAAGUGACAAGUUUGUCAGCGUGGCAGACAUUGUGGAUGAACUAGAGGACUUUGAUAAAGGCAGGGUUCAUAUCAUAUAUGGGCUCUCAAAAGACCUUUCUCUUGCUGGGUUUCGAGUUGGAGUGAUAUAUUCCUACAAUGAACACAUUGUGUCAGCUGCUGCUAAGAUUGCUCGAUUUUCAUCUGUCUCAAGUCCAACACAACGUUUGCUUGUUUCCAUGCUUUCAGAUGAAAAGUUCAUUUCAGAAUACAUAAAGGUUAACAGAGAGAGGCUCCGGAAAAUGUACCUUGUGUUUGCCGAUGCUUUGAAACAAGUUGGGAUCGAAUGCUUCAAGAGCAGCGGCGGAUUCUAUUGCUGGGCAGACAUGAGCAGGUACAUCCGAUCUUACAGUGAGAAAGGAGAGCGCAAGCUCUGGGACAGGCUGUUGGAGGAGGCAAAGGUCAAUGCCACCCCAGGUUCUUCUUGCCAUUGCAUUGAACCUGGAUGGUUCAGGUGUUGCUUCACAGCAUUGAGUGAGGAGGACAUUCCUGUAUUGGUGGAAAGGCUGAGGAGGGUCACAGAGAGCCACAGAUCAAACCGUUGA